AUGGGAAGUAAUAAGCUGUACAUGUCGAUGGUUGUCCUCCAUCUUAGCCUAUGCUUUUACCGUGGUAUUCUUGUAGAGGGAAGAACAAGUAUUUCAGAAAUGGAAGAUAUGGAGUUGGAUAGGCAACUCGAGAUUCUCAAUAAGCAUCCCAUUAAGACUAAGGAAGGUGAAUUUUUUGAUUGCAUUAACAUCUACAAACAACCUGCAUUUGAUCAUCCGUUGCUCAAGGAUCAUAAAAUCCAGAUGAGACCUGCUAUCACUCCGCGAUCAUCAUUGCCGUCUUCCUCUACUUCAUCUUCCAACUCCUCACUGGUUAUUGACUCAUCCGCGAAUAUCCUGACACGGUUUGACUGCCCAGAAGGAACAGUACCCAUUCGGAGAACUAGUAAAGAGGAUUUACUGAGGGCGAAAUCUUUUGCAAAAUCAUAUCAGCUCACUGAACAUCCUGAUUUCCCCUUUGCUGAUGUACCUGGUCAAACUGUUGUUAUGCGAAGAUACCACUUGGCGGCAAUUGGCCAUGGAAUCCAUUCCGUCAUCAAUACAGCGAACCCAAAAGUGGGAAACGAUCAAUAUAGUUCAGCUCAGUUGUGGGUUUCAAAUGGUCCGCCGGAUGACAUUAAUACCAUACAGGCAGGAUGGGUGGUAGCACCAUAUUUAUUCGGGGACAGCCAAACACGGUUCUUUGGAUUUUUUCAGGCAAAAAAUCAGUCGCAGACAUACGGCUGCUACAACACUCUUUGCCCGGGAUUUGUACAGGUUGACUCGGAAUAUACACUUGGUACGGUUAUACCUUUGGUCUCGGAAAUUGGUGGUACUCAACGUGUACUGCAACUUGACAUCUUUCGGAAUACACAACCCAAGGGUCCUUAUCUGGAGGUACUCGUAUUUUUAAGUAGAAAUUAA